AUGUUUUUUGUCGGCUCUCCUAUCCUAUCAAUUUUGAUGCUUAAAUCUAACUACGUAUUGACUAAUGAUAGACCAGAAGUGGGCAUUUGUUUGACUAUCGAUGAAAACCUAACCAAAUAUUACAGCAAUUGUUUUGUUGGCAAUAAUACAGCAUUUCUAAGAUUAUAUUGUUGUCGGGAUGAGGAUUAUGAUAGACAUAAGCUUAAUAGUGAUACAUAUAGAGAGUACUGUUGCGAUAUCGACACGUUUGCCGGACAACACAGGACACGACUUCAUUUAAUCCUAAUAAUGGUUUGCGUGUCAGCCGGAAUCGGACACAAACCGCUCGGACGACAGUUAAAAAUAACAAAUUGGACACAAAGACAACGGAUCGAGAGAUCAGUCAUAAGACACAGGGCUUAGGUGUUACAGUUGGCGGCACUGGUGUUGGUGUUGGUAUACACAACAACAACAGGACAGGUAUAUCAUCAGGAA